GAUGGUGGCGGAGGAGGUGGGAGCUGAGGAAUGGGGAGCGGCGGCCGGGCCCUGAGCGGUGAUUGAAGCUGAUAAGGCGAGGAGGAGAGCAGCGAUGGCGAAGAGGCGAGCCAUAGUUCCGAUUUGGGAUCGGAUUAUUGGGGAUUUAGGGAUUGGGAAUUAGGGAUUUUGUGAACGUGCCCGGCGAGGAAUGGGAUUGAGGAAUGGGGGAUUUAUGGAAGGUGGAGAAGAAGAGAGAGCCAUUGAUUCAUUGAAGGGAUGCCCGGAAUCGCAGGAACCCAACCAUCUUUCCUUUUCCCACCAUUCUAUUCCCAUUCACUUCACAAUGCUCUCACAUCGCAUAGAUCGCGAUCACCGCCGCAACCAAGGCUCCAGCGCCGGCGCAUGCGCCGGGCCUCCACGAGGCGGAGAAGAUGUCAUCCCCAGUGAAUACUAGGGAUCCCGGCGACGGUGAAAUCCCUGACGCUAGCUUCAUCGCUCGAUGGAGAUUCGGCGUCAGCGGGAGGGGCGGGGGGAGAGGAGAUGGGAGCCAUUGAUUCGGGAGCUGGGGCUGCCUCAUCGGCGUCAGCGGGAGGGGGAGAGGAGAUGGGAGCCGUUGAUUCUGGAGCGGGGGCUGGCUCAUCGGCGUGGAUAGAGAGGGCCAUGGCGAGGAUGAGGACGACGAGGGCGGUGAUCUUAAUGUGAUGAGACAUGAUGCCGGCGGUGAGGGGAUAUUGGAUUUUGGAUGAUUUGGAUGAAGGAUUAGGGUUUGGAGAGAUGUUCCAGGGGAGAAGGGAUUUGGGGGGUUGGAGGGAUUUAUGGGCGGCGGCGGAGAAGCGUCACCGUUGCAUCGAAGCGCAGAGGGCAAUCGAUGUAAUCAGGAAAAACAAGAUGCAACAUACUGGAACCAUAUCCAGCAGUGAUGAAGCUCAGGCCUUCCCUUUUGCAGUUAAGGACAAUGAAGUGCUGGCCAACUACGUUUCAGUCUAUGUUAUGCUCCCUCUGGGUGUUAUCUCGUCGGACAAUGUGUUUGAGAAUCCUGAAGAACUAAGGAAGCAACUGAAGAAGCUGAAGUCUGCUGCGGUGGAUGGGGUGAUGAUGGAUGUGUGGUGGGGGCUUAUAGAGUCCAAGCCCAGGAGCUAUGACUGGACUGCUUACAGGAAGUUGUUUCAGAUGGUAAAGAGAGGCCUUAGGUUGCAGGCCAUCAUGUCCUUCCACCAAUGCGGCGGCAAUGUUGGUGAUGUCGUCUAUAUUCCAAUACCGCAAUGGGUGAGAGAUAUCGGUGGCGAUAACCCUGAUAUCUUCUACACCAAUAGAAUGGGCAAAAGGAACCCGGAGUACCUCAGCCUUGUGGAUAACCAGCCUCUCUUCGGUGAUAGAACUGCUGUUGAGCUUUACAGUGACUACAUGAGGAGCUUCAGGAAGGCCAUGUCUGAUUUCUUGGAAGAAGGUCUUAUCACAGACAUUGAAGUAGGACUUGGACCUUCUGGAGAGACGAGAUACCCUUCAUAUCCAGAGACUCAGGGAUGGGUCUUCACAGGAAUUGGAGAAUUUCAGUGUUAUGACAAGUAUCUCAAAGCAGACUUCGAAGAAGCUGCAACAAAGGCAGGCCACCCUGAAUGGGAGUUGCCUGAUGAUGCAGGAGAGUAUAACGACACACCAGAAGCCACCGGAUUUUUUGGAGCAAACGGAACGUACCUUACAGAGAAAGGGAAGUUCUUCCUGACAUGGUAUUCCAACAAGCUGAUCAAACAUGGUGAGCAGAUCCUUGAUUUGGCUAAUCAAGCAUUUCUAGGAUGUAAAGUCAAGCUUGCAGCAAAAGUUUCUGGGGUUCAUUGGUGGUAUAAGGAUGAUAGUCAUGCAGCAGAACUCACCACAGGAUACUACAACUUGAAAGACCGUGAUGGUUACAGACCGUUGGCAAGGAUGUUAUCGAGGCACUAUGCUAUAUUGAACUUCACUUGCAUUGAGAUGAAAGAUUCCGAGCAACCUGCUACAGCUAAGAGUGGACCUGAGGAACUUGUUCAGCAGGUACUAAGUGGUGCAUGGAGAGAGGAAAUUGAGGUGGCAUGUGAAAAUGCUAACCGAUACGAUAAGGACGCAUAUAACCAGAUGCUGAGAAAUGCCAGGGCCGAUGGAGUCAAUAAAAAUGGUCCACCAAAACAUAGAAUCACUUCAUUGACAUAUCUCCGGCUCGGCGAUGACCUUUUGAAAUCAUCAAACUUCAGCUUAUUCAAGGUGUUUGUGAGGAGAAUGCAUGCUAAUCUGGAUUUUAAUCCAAACCCUGAAAAUUACUUCAAGCCCAUUGUACCUCUGAAAAGUUCAAAGCCGGAAUUCUCAAUGGAGUAUAUUUUGGAAGCCACUGGACCACUGGAACCAUUUCCAUUUGAUGAUGAAACAGACGUGCCUGUUGACGGUGGCUUUGCUUAUUGGAUCAAACAAGUGUUUGCUAAACUCAUCUCCCUGUUUAAGUAAGAUCCAUCAGAGCUUGUACUUAUCUGAAGCAUGUGAAUACUCAGCAGAGAUGUUUGAAUAAGAUUUCAGUGUGUCGCUUAUGUAUGAAGUU